GGUCCCACCUAAAGCAGACGGAGCCGCUUCGCUUCGGGCCGCCGGAGAUGGAAGAAACCGAGCCCAGGGUGACUGUCUCGGCCACCCAGACCCUCUGAAACCCUCCGAGAAACACCCGCGGCGCGCACUCGACGCCAUGGCUCGUUGGUAGGCGGGUCGGGCUCGUGGGAAAGCGGAGAAAAAGCGGCAGAAGGAGCGGCAGCUUGUGGUUUUUUUGGAGACCGACAGCGCCUUAGUUGAGUUCAGGGACUCCCAAACCCGAGCGGACAGACGGACUCCGGUUCCAGCACAGGCCGAGGACUCUGAUACAGCACAGGCCGGGGACUCUGCCCUCUCUGCAUGUGAAUACAGAAAACUGGAUGAGUGUUUUGACUGCGAUGAUUUCCAGUGAGUGAGGAUUUCCCUCCUGGUCUUUAUUUAUUUAUUUUUUGUUAGUUUUUCAGUCCGGAACAGUUCUGCUGGUCGGCUCCAACACGUCCGGUCUGGGUCGGUCCAUGCUCAGACGGUUUUCCCCGGAGAGAGCUACAAAGCGGGACUGUAAUCUCACUUUUUCCGCUCUUGGACUACAGACUGGUGGAUUUCUACAGGACAAAUAAAAAGAUGUCAACGAAAACUCCUCUACCCACGGUCAGCGAGAAGGGGACGGAAAGUCACACGUCUCACAGUAAUGGACGCCAGGAGGUGGGCUCGCGCUCGGGACGCACCGGCGUCCGAACCCGCAGCUCGGAGGAGCCGCAGCAGCCCCACGUGGGAAACUACCGGCUGCUCAAGACCAUCGGCAAGGGCAACUUCGCCAAGGUCAAGCUGGCGCGGCACAUCCUCACCGGCCGAGAGGUGGCCAUUAAGAUAAUCGACAAGACGCAGCUGAACCCAAACAGCCUCCAGAAGCUCCUAAGAGAAGUUAGAAUAAUGAAGAUCUUGAAUCAUCCCAACAUAGUCAAACUUUUUGAAGUGAUCGAGACGGACAGGACGCUGUACCUGGUGAUGGAGUACGCCAGCGGAGGAGAGGUGUUCGACUACCUGGUUGCACACGGAAGAAUGAAGGAAAAAGAGGCCAGAGCUAAAUUUAGACAGAUCGUAUCGGCGGUGCAGUACUGCCACCAGAAGCACAUUGUUCACCGAGACCUCAAGGCCGAGAACCUGCUGCUCGACGCAGACAUGAACAUCAAGAUCGCCGACUUUGGCUUUAGCAACGAGUUCACUCUGGGGAACAAGCUGGACACGUUCUGCGGCUCGCCGCCGUACGCCGCGCCCGAGCUCUUCCAGGGGAAGAAGUACGACGGGCCCGAGGUGGACGUGUGGAGCCUGGGGGUCAUCCUCUACACGCUGGUCAGCGGCUCGCUGCCCUUCGACGGCCAGAACCUGAAGGAGCUGCGGGAGCGCGUGCUCCGGGGGAAGUACCGCAUCCCCUUCUACAUGUCCACGGACUGCGAGAACCUCCUCAAACGCUUCCUGGUGCUCAACCCGGCCAAGCGGGGGACUCUCGAGGUGAGGGAGGACGCAGAAAAUCAAAUCAUGAAGGAUCGCUGGAUCAACGCGGGAUUCGAGGAGGACGAGCUGAAGCCGUACACCGAGCCCGAGCUGGACAUCACGGACCAGAAGAGAAUAGAUGUGAUGGUGGGGAUGGGCUACAACCUGGAGAAGAUCCAGGACUCUCUGGCCAAGAUGAAGUACGACGAGAUCACGGCCACCUACCUGCUGCUGGGACGCAAGGCCUCCGAGCUGGAGCCCAGCGAGUCGGCCUCCAGCAGCAACCUGUCUCUGGCCAAACCUCGACCCAACAGUGAGCUGAACGGACAGUCGCCUUCCCACCUCAAAGUCCAGAGGAGCGUCUCCUCCAACCACAAGCAGAGGCGCUACAGCGAGCAGGUGGGCCAGAACGUGCCCCCGGGGAUGGCUCAUCCCAAGAGGAGCCAGACCACCACGGCGGAGAACAGCUCCAAGGAGGAGGCCGGCGUGCAGCUCCGCAAGCCCAGCACCCCCGGCGGCCGCCCCGCCCCGCCCUCCAGCCCCCUGCUGGGCAACGCCAACAACCCCAACAAGGCCGACAUCCCCGACCGCAGGAAAGGAACCACCACCUGCCCCAGCAAUAACUCGGCGUCGGCAGGGAUGACCCGCAGGAACACGUACGUCUGCAGCGACCGGAACAACACGGACCGGCUCUCCGUCAUUCCCAACGGGAAGGAGAACAGCAUGACCGAGAUGGCUUGUGCCACCAGCCCCGCCUCCUCCGCCUUCGCGGCCGCCGCGCUCGGCGCCUCGUCCAGCUCGGUGCGGCUGAGGUAUCAAACCGUUGGCCCUUUGUACGCUUGCCAGGCAGGCUGGGCCACGCUGCCCCACUCCUACUACGCUCUGGACUACUGCUCGCCCAACAGCGUGGCCGUGUCCCCCGGCGGCCAGAGGAACCCGGUGGCCUCCACCCACAGCAUCGCCAACGCCACCACGCCCGACCGCCUGCGCUUCCCCCGCGGCACGGCCAGCCGCAGCACCUUCCACGGCGGCCAGCUGAGGGACCGCCGCACGGCCACGUACAACGGGCCGCCGGCCUCGCCCACCCACUCGCACGACGCCACGCCGCUCUCGCAGACCCGCAGCCGCGGAACCAGCAACCUGUUCUCCAAGCUGACCUCCAAACUCACCCGCAGAAACAUGUCAUUCAGGUUUACCAAAAGAGUCUCAACCGAGUUUGAGAGAAACGGGAGACUUGAGGGCUCAAGUCGCCAUGUACCUGGGGAUCAAAAAGGGGAAAACAAAGACAGUAAGCCCCGCUCCCUCAGAUUCACUUGGAGUAUGAGGACCACCAGCUCCAUGGAGCCCUGCGACAUCAUGCGGGAGAUUCGCAAGGUGCUCGACGCCAACAACUGCGACUACGAGCAGCAGGAGAGCUUCCUCCUGCUGUGCGUGCACGGCGACGGGCGCGCCGAGAACCUGGUGCAGUGGGAGAUGGAGGUGUGCAAGCUGCCCCGCCUCUCGCUCAACGGCGUGCGCUUCAAGCGGAUAUCCGGAUCAUCCAUCGCUUUCAAAAACAUUGCUUCCAAAGUUGCCAACGACUUAAAGCUAUGAACAAAAUAGUUUAAAUAUAUAUAUAUAUAAAUACAUACAUAAAUAUAUAUAUAUUUAAGCUGUACAAUCAUCCAAGUAGCAGUUUCCAAAUGUCUCUUUUUUAAAACAAAACAAAAUCCAGAGUAUGUAUUGAAUAUUAUAAUGUAUAGAUUAAAGCUUCUGGCAAUAAUCACUGAAUUACCUACUAACGGCCACACGGGGGCGACAUAACCAGUUGAAUAUGAUUUUUUUUUUUUUUUCAUGCUGUGAAUGUGGACGAUGACGACAAACAAAACAUUUCUGGUCUUAUUUAUUUCAUCUUCUCCCCCCCCUCUCUCGUUCUCUCUCUCUCUCAUUCUCUCUCUCGCUCUCUCUCUCUCUCUCCUGGAAAAAGAAAAAGGAAAUUUACGUAGCGUUCAGUUUUCAGUGUAAAUAAUGUAUCUUACUUUCAACACGGCUUCACCGCAGUACUCAUUUUGUUUCAUUUUUUUUUUCUUUUUUUGUAUUUCGUUCAGAUGUAGAGAUGAAGCGGGGGUCUGUGUAAAUGCCACAUGGUUUGGGGGGGUCACUCAUGUCUCAAUUAAAGUGUCUGUCAACUGAA